UGUGUUUGUGUGUGUGUCUCUCUCUCUCUCUCUCUCUCUCUCUCUCUCUCUCUCUCUCUCUCUCUCUCUCUCUCUCUCUCUCUCUCUCUCUCUCUGAUACAGCGAGGACAGAGCAUCGUUGCCAUGGCAUCGCUGAGUCAGUACAGCGGUUAAAGCACGGUCACUCUCCUGGCUUUUACUGUGGGAUGUUCAGUCAGCACGCUCGCGCGCACCGGCUGAGCUCAACAGCGGCUUGGCGGUAUACUCUCUGUGUCGGCUCCGCUCUGUCCCGGGAUGAGACUUCCCCAUCAGCUGUGACGACCAGGUCCGCCGUUGUGAGGCACGCUGGGGGGACACGUCGCACACCUGCGGCUGGAUGGAAAUAGAUGGAGGAACUUGCGCCGCAGCCGCCGCCGUCGCCGCACUCAGCCGAUUACUUCACCUUCUCUCAUGGACCACGGGAGAGCGCCCUUGUAAGCUGAUUUAACCCGGGGGAUGCGAAUAACUCUCCGGGAUUAGAAGGUUAUUGGGUGAACGACAAUGCCCCGCGGCUCGGUCCGGCACUACCGGCUAUUGUUCGCGCGGCGGCGGACGCACGGUUCCCGGUCUCCUCCGGUUCAUCUCCAGUAGCUGUAUCCCGGUACAGCCUCUGCCCCUUGCGCCUCCUCGCUGCUUCGCUCAGGUCGCCCUCCCGGUGUGGAUAGGAUAAUAUGACUUCCUGGCUCCGCACAUACGGCAGCGUCCCUCUGUGUCUCCUGCUCUGCUGCUUUGUGGUCGCUGUCUGCGUAGAAGCCUCCGGUGCCGGUGACAGUGGGUGUUGGUCUCCUAGUAUCACUUCUUGCACAGAGUGUCUAAGCCGCGGACCACAGUGCGCCUGGUGCUUCAAGGAGGACUUUCUGGAUGGUGCGGGCCCGAGCCAGCGUUGCGACCUGCCAGCGAAGCUGCUCAGGAUGGGAUGUAAAGCCGAGUUCAUGGAGCUGUCAGAGAUCAAGGUGGAGGUGAACGCCACAAUCAGCAGCACGCAAGUGUCCCCACGAGACAUCAGCAUCAACCUCAGUCCAGGUUCCGAGGCCAGCAUCAUUGUGUCUGUGAAGCAGCUGGAGCGUUAUCCUGUGGAUCUGUACUACCUGGUUGAUGUGUCGGCAUCUAUGCAGGAAAACCUUGAUCGUUUGAAGACAGUGGGCGUCGCUCUGUCUCUUCGUAUGGCGGAGCACUCCUCAGACCUUUGGCUGGGUUUUGGCUCUUUUGUGGACAAACCCGUCUCCCCUUACAUCAACGUCCAUCCCUCCAAGAUCAACAACCCCUGCAGUGAUUAUGAGAUCCGCUGUCGUCCAGCCCACGGCUUCCACCAUGUCCUAAGCAUUACAGGAAAUAUGAGCGAGUUCACACGUGUGAUCAAACGCCAGCGCAUCUCUGGAAACAUGGACACACCGGAGGGAGGACUGGAUGCUAUGCUGCAAGCUGCUGUCUGCCAGAGAGCGGUGGGUUGGCGACCAGAGGCCAAGCGUCUUUUGCUCCUUAUGACCGACCAGCCGUCUCACCUGGCCCUGGAUAGCCGGCUGGCAGGGAUUGUCACGCCACAUGAUGGCCUGUGUCACCUGGAAAACAAUGUCUACACAGGGAGCACUAGGAUGGACCACCCCAGUGUGGGCCAGUUGUCUGAUAAGCUGCUGGAAAACCAAAUCUUCUCCAUCUUCGCUGUGGAGAAACAGCAGUACCAGUGGUACGAGGAGUUGGUACGUCUGCUACCCGGCUCCUAUCUGGGGAAGUUAGGCCUAUUCGGGGCUCUAAACCUUACAGAGCUGGUGGUGGAUGCGUACAAGAGGUUGUUGUCGGAGGUGGAGGUAUCAGUGUCAGUGGAGGACAAGGCCGUCAGCAGGUACUGGGUGUCUGUAUCUCCUCUUUGUCCUGAUGGAUCCACUGCUAAGGACAAGAGCUGCUCGGGGGUGCAGCCCAACCAAACGGUCUACUUCAAUAUCACCAUUGGCCUGCGCUCUUGUCCUGAGGAUGGUGAAGAUGAAGAUGUUACAGUAAUGGUUCGCCCUGUGGGUUACAACGAAUCCACCGUCGUUAGGAUCCACUCUAAAUGUCGCUGCAGUUGUGGACCGAAAAAGCAGUGCAAUGAUGACAGCCAAUCGCCGUGCAGCAGAACACAAGACAGCCUAUACCAGGAGCAGAGGCUGGGUCUCAGACCAAUUAAGGACUCAAACAGAGAUUUAAACUGGAAUUGCAGAGCAGAUGGGUCUGAUGUGGACUGCAGUGGUCGGGGAGUGUGUGAGUGUGGGACGUGUGUGUGUGAGCAGAGCAGGCUUGGGGCGGUUUAUGGGAAAUACUGCGAGAUAGACGACUUCUCCUGCCCGUACGAUGAGGGGCUGGUGUGUGGAGGGCGGGGUGUGUGUGUGUCAGGUGAGUGUGUGUGUGACGACGGCUGGACAGGUGAUAGCUGUGGUUGUCCCCUCUCCACAGCAACCUGUCAGUCAGCCAAUGGCUUUCUGUGCAGCGGCCAGGGCCGAUGUGUGUGUGGCAAGUGUGUGUGUGACGACCCCCAACACUAUGGAGACUUCUGUGAGAGAUGUCCUGCCUGCCAAAGCACCUGUCAAUCAUACUGGAAGUGUGUGGACUGCCACCUGUCUCAUGGUUUCACACAGAAAGAGGCAGGACACUGCAACAGCACCUGUGCCCCACUGGUGGGCUACAUGGAGGAUGUCUCUGGUCAAGCAGGGCAGAUGUGGAUUCAGUGUAUGUACAUCAGUAAUGACAGCUGUCGUUAUCGGUUUCAAACAAGCUCACAGUCUGGUCAGACCCAGCUUCACAUUAGCACAAGACCAGAGUGUGCCAGCAGCAGCCGGCUGGUAGGAACAUUCCUGAGUGUGUGUGCUCUGACGGUGCUGUGCGGGCUGGUGGUGGUGGCGGUGUCCCGGCUGCUGCUACAGAAGAGAAGCAGGUCACCAGGGGGUGCUGCUGAGGAGGAAGCCUAUCACUGCACUGGAAAGGACCUUUCAUAUAUCCCCACAACCAACGAGAAGACAGUUACCUACAGGAGGGAUCGUCCACCUGACCGCCCUGUGGAGAUGCACAUCCAGGUUCCCAAGAUGCCUCUGGGUGACCCCUGGCAGUAUUAAGCAGAGGUCAAAGGUGAAGGUCAGAGGGAAGUUAGGAGAGACAUAUAGAAGAAGUGUUGAUUAAAGGCUUCAUUUCUGCCUCUUAACCUUCAUAAAACUUCAACCAGCAGUAUGUGGGGACACUGAUAAUGGAAAACUAAACUAUGAAUCCUUCAUGGGGUCACAUGUGUGAAACAAGCUGAAUUGAUGAAUUCUCAUAGACUCUGCGACUAAGUGGCCAGUAUCCUGGAAAUUGAGAUGAAACAAAGAGCACAAGUACCCCAACUCUUCUUCCUCUGUAGCAGCAAGGAGGCUGCUUCUUCCACAGAGUAAAGGGUGACCAUUCCUCGCUUUUUUUAGCCACGCAGCAAUUACUCCUCUAACUUAUGAGUGAAUGUAUGUGUGUGUGUGUGAGUGUGUGGUGUAGGUAGAUGCAUUCAUGCUCUAUCUUGGCUUUCUAUUUAUGAUUUUAUAGUAAAAACACUACAUGUCUUAGGUUCAUGUGAUUGUUUGACACGCCAACUGUGCCAUCUCCCUGUCUUAGUCUGCCCCCUUGUGGCCAUCUUUAGGUACGACAUGAUUUCUCCAUUACUGACCUCAUCUGUAUUUCCUUGGGAUUUAAUUCAUGAAGCACUCCAAUAACUCUGUGUGCCUUUUUAUUUUUCUUUAUCUGAGUAGAUUUUCAGUCAUUUGUGGAGUACUUUGUCCUUUGUUGCAUUGUUUUUGUUAACCGAUCAACUGCAUUUGCAAAUUAGUGUUAUUUUGAGGCAUUUUUUAAUCAUAACUGAGACUAUAGUUUCAUAUGAUUGUCAGCUGUUGAUUAGACUUGCACUAGAACAAUCGUUUUGCAUUAUACUACUGAAAACUGUGUGGGGCAGGAGAGCUGAACCAGUGGGUUUGAUAUGAUUAGUUUGCUAUAUGUUGGGCAUUAGAAGAGCAUUUGAAGCUAUUGUAACAAAUCCACAACACUGGAAUAAUAAUGGACUGAAAAUUCAUGCUUAAAAAAAGCGACAUCCUGUCACUUAACUGGCAACUGUAUCAUCAAACGCCUGUACAUGUGGCCUCUAUAACAGAGACAGAGCCUGAACUGUGUUUGCAUGCAACUGCUGAUCAUCCCAGAGCCAUUAUUAUACAUAGUCCGAGACCAGUAAAAAGGUACAAAUCAGCUCGGAAGGUACUGAGAUCAGAGGUGGAAAUACACCUCUGAUGCACUAGAUCACCUGGAUCCAGAGUGCCAGUUGCAUGGCAUCUUGUGAAACUUUUGCUCUCCCAAUCUUGUUCCACUUUUUGAAUUGUAUUUAACACAAUAUUGUUUACAGCAAUACCUGCUCUAUUUUACUGUAAGUCAAGAACACUAUUAUUUAUUGUGAUUCUAUUUUCUUCUUUUUAUUUAUGUUAAUUGUGCUAUUUUAUGAUAAGGCUACUUGAGUUGCAGGUAAUAAGUAGGCCUACUGUUUGUGUUUAUGAAGAGCGGUCUCUAUCUCUAACAACGAGAAUAAUUCAGCAAUAAGGUAAUAAUCAUCUCAUCUAACCGGGCGCUGAGUUCGGGGUAACAACAGCACUUUUCCGUGUAGUUAAAACUGUCAAUUAAUGUGACUACCUGUGUAGCAUGAAUAUUUUGAUCACAAUAAAAUGUACAAGAUUUUUUUUAUCA